AUGGUUUUUCUCUCUCGACUGUGACGGUCAAAUGUGAAUUCUUCUUGUCAUACUUGCCCGCUCCUUCUGCUCUGGUUUUAACACAGAAGGAAGGCGCAACACGAGGUGGCACUCUGAAUGAGCUUUGCGUGUAUUCCCGUUUCAACCAACUUCGACACUGCUCUUUUCCUUUCACCAGAAUGAUGAGACGGCCCCUGAUCGACUGCUCAGAACUAUGGUUCUUCAGGAUCAGGAGCAGAUUCCUGCUCGAAGUGGCUUGCCUGGGAAUGAUGAAGAUUCCUCGACUGGACGAGCAACUGCUGAUAGCAUGACGCGUUACUCUCACUUGGUUUUCGCUGAAUCCAUUCCUAGCGAGGAAAGCUACAUUUUCGACGCGAUAAGGGCAUAUUCUAGCUCGGACGAGCUCACGCAGCGACAUAACCCAGCGAGGCAGAUACAACGAGAUCUGGAUUCCAGAGUCGCAGCCAACGCAGCUACAUUCUCUCCUCCAACGGCGCGAGACGCAGCAGGGCUCCCACGGCUACCACAUCGGGAACCUCGUUAUUUCACGGAAAAAGAGAGUGCGUCUCCUGGUUGGCACCCUUCUGCUCCGGGUAACAGUCGCCUCUUAUCCAUUGAUGAGGGUAGAGCAAUAGUGCCAUCGACCCAGGACGAGUCGCUGAAACGGAACCUCUUGGACGUCCUGCAUUUCCAAAAUCCCACCAUUAGCCUCAAUGAUCCCAACGAUGCUUCCAAGUCAUCUCAAUGGUUCGAGCACGACUUUCCAGCGAAUCCAAUCUACCCUGCAUAUCCGCCCCCAGUAAGGUCGCCCACUCCCCCUGGGCUGCCGACAUUUGGCACCCCCGAAGCUGUGAAUUAUUCUUCUCGGUUCCAUGUCCGCUCUGCCACUGUCAACAAUCAGAACCAACAAGCGACUGCGAGCUCAUCGAGUAGGUUCUAUGGUGGUGGUGCUUCUGAGAGCACUCGAACAGCAUCUUACGGCGACAGAAUCCGGAGAAUACUCAGCUUCUCCUCCUCCAUCCCACCCCAAGCGCCACGACAAGUACCUACUGUUGCAAGGGCAGAAGAUGGUACGGCGGUACAAGGUCGUUUCCCUUACAGGCAAAGCGGGCAUGGAGUUGGCGUGGUAAGACGAAUGGAAGAUCACACCUUUCCCCAGAGGGCGCUCUCGCCCGCCCCGGAGGAAAGCACCAACGAACACGGAGACUCCACGCAUCACAGAAAACCCGAUAGAGAGCCUAGCAGCCCACAACGAGAUACACCUUGGCGUCUGACCCCGGCACGUAUAGGCCCAGUCGUUAGGACCAGUCAUCAUUCGGCACGCGGCCACUUUUCCUCAGUCGCUCACAUCCAUGCACAUGACAGUCUACAGAGGCCCAUCUCGGCAAAUACGGCCCUUACAACGACCAGAGUGGAUUCGUUCCAUACUUGCGCGUCUCAGCUGUUCAAUCCUGCGCUCUUGAGGCAACAAAUGAGUUUCGUAGACGGACAGGGGCCCGAGAUCACACACGAGCUCCCCGCAUGCUCUCUUGUUCCAACGGAAUCGCCCACGACAACCUCUACCAGACCGGAUCCCUGCGCUUUCGCACACGGACAAUUGGGUUCGUGGCUUCAAUGUCUCCCAAGAGGUAGUUCCUGUUUCUUCUGUUGCUUGGGCGGCAGGGACGAUCCGGACACUGUCGUCUACUCCAAUACCUCUUCGCGUGAGACGUAUGAGACUGCGAGAAGUCAUCCGUCAAACGAUAACUUACCUGGUUCACCAGGCGAUGACGAAGAAGCCUCAGAGUCAACUCAGCACCCUGCGCAAUGGAUCUCAGAAGCUUGGAAGUCCGUUCAUGGGUUUGCUGCUCGGAAUGUCGGUACCAUGGGCCGGAUGCUGAAUUGAUGUCUA